GCCAGAGAAAGGCGCUCUCGGUAAAAUACCCUCCCCCUCUGCUGAACUUCCAGGUCUUGCAGAAACCAGUACGCCGAAGAAAGGGGAAAGAGUGUAAGGGGGGAGGAGGAGGAGGAGGAGGGGAGGAAACUAGAGAUUGAUCGUUUUGAAUUUUCAAGAGAUCAUUUUUAUUACAGUGGGCGUUUGAAAAGCAGGCUCUGAACAUUAUCCACAGAGAAAGGGGGUGGAGAGAGAGAGAGAGAGAGAGAGGCACAGGCUGCUGCUGCUGCGAAAGAAGCCCAGCGUUUGCGCGCUGCUGCGAGCUGUUUUUGCAGCCUUGGGGGACGCGCGCGCACACACUCCCGGGUUGGCGCUCUACUGCACAGGGCUGUUGCAAAGUUUCGCCUGCCAGGAUACGCCAGGAUUUUCCUGCUCCGCCGCUGCAACCUUGAACUUUGGCAACGUGGUUGAUAGUACCGUGGUGUAUCGCGCUAGCUGCUUUUCCAAAGCACUUGGAAAUCCGGGAGAAAGGAAAAAAAGCAACGCGAGGAAGGAAAAAAAAAAAAAUAUCCCGAACCCCCCCUUAACUCCCUGCAUUCCAUUCAACCCCCACCCCCAUUCCGCCUCCUUCUGUCCCAAUUCACCAGCAGCCACUGCAAACAGCAGCAAGAGUGAACCGCCGCCGAGAACAAGAGGGUUAAAAGUGUAGAUUGGAUUUCACCCCGGGAAAUCUAGUGCUCGGAGUGAACUUGAAUCUUUGGCUAUUUAAGGAGGACUAGAGCUGGCUGCGAAGUUGUGGCGAUUCAAAGCAGAGCUUGUUCCUGAUCCAUCUUUUCCUUUUUGGAAGCGUUAGAUGAUUGUAAAAUGAAUAGAUGAAGCCGUUGCGCUUUUGAUACUUUUCCUCUCAGCAGAAGUGCUAUCUCAGAGCGAAGUCAUGAUGUAUUCUCCCAUCUGUCUCACUCAGGAUGAAUUUCACCCAUUCAUUGAGGCACUUCUUCCACAUGUCCGUGCAAUUGCCUAUACGUGGUUCAACCUUCAGGCUCGAAAACGCAAGUACUUUAAAAAACACGAAAAGCGAAUGUCAAAAGAUGAAGAAAGAGCAGUUAAGGAUGAGUUACUUAGUGAAAAGCCAGAAAUUAAACAGAAGUGGGCAUCCAGGCUUCUCGCCAAAUUGCGCAAAGAUAUCCGCCAAGAAUAUCGAGAGGAUUUUGUGCUUACUGUUACUGGGAAGAAGCACCCAUGCUGUGUAUUAUCCAAUCCUGACCAGAAGGGCAAGAUUAGGAGAAUCGAUUGCCUUAGGCAAGCAGACAAAGUCUGGCGCCUGGAUCUAGUCAUGGUGAUCCUUUUUAAAGGUAUCCCCCUGGAAAGUACCGAUGGAGAACGGCUCAUGAAAUCCCCCCAUUGCACAAAUCCAGCACUUUGCGUUCAGCCACAUCACAUAACAGUAUCAGUCAAGGAGCUUGAUUUGUUUCUGGCAUACUAUGUGCAGGAUCAAGAUUCUGGACAAUCAGAAAGUCCAAGCCACAAUGAUCCUGCCAAGAACCCACCAGUAUAUCUUGAGGAUAGUUUUGUAAAAUCUGGAGUCUUUAAUGUAUCUGAACUUGUGCGGGUGUCUAGAACACCUAUAACCCAGGGAGCUGGAGUAAACUUCCCCAUUGGAGAACUUCCAGGUCAACCAUACUAUCAUGACAUGAACUCAAGUGUUAACUUACAGCGAUCGCUAUCCUCUCCACCAACCAGUAAGAGACCCAAAACUAUAUCCAUAGAUGAGAAUAUGGAACCAAGUCCAACAGGAGAUUUUUAUCCUUCCCCAAAUUCACCAGCUGCUGGUAGUAGGACAUGGCAUGAAAGAGAUCAAGAUAUGUCUUCUCCUACAAUGAAGAAACCUGAAAAGCCUUUGUUUAGCACUACAUCUCCUCAGGAUUCUUCACCAAGACUGACUUUCCAGCAUCAUCAUCCAGGAAUCCCAGGAGUUGCACACAGUGUCAUCUCAACUAGAACUCCACCUCCACCUUCACCAUUGCCAUUUCCACCACAAGCUAUUCUUCCUCCUGCCCCAUCUAGCUAUUUCUCUCAUCCAACUAUCCGAUAUCCUCCUCACCUGAAUCCUCAGGAUACUUUGAAGAAUUAUUCUUAUGACCCGUCCAGUCCACAAACCAGCCAGCCUAACAGCAGUGGUCAAGUAGUAGGGAAAAUGCCUGGCCAUUUUACUCCAGUUUUGGCACCCUCUCCCCAUCACAGUACGAUGAGACCUGUGACCCUGACUAUGACAGACACUAAGCCCAUCACUACAUCCACUGAAGGUGAGGCAUCUUCACCUACAGCAACCACCUAUACAGCUUCAGGUACAUCCCAAGCCAAUCGAUAUGUGGGACUAAGUCCAAGAGACCCUUCCUUCCUACACCAGCAACAGCUGAGGAUAUGUGACUGGACCAUGAAUCAAAACGGCAGGCAUUUAUACCCCAGUGCCAAUGAGGAUACAUUGGGAAUUACUUGGCAAAGUCCUGGUACCUGGGCUAGCUUGGUCCCCUUUCAAGUAUCAAACAGGACAUCAAUUCUGCCCACAAAUGUCCAAAAUUAUGGUUUGAACAUAAUUGGAGAGCCUUUUCUUCAAGCAGAAACAAGCAACUGAGGGAGAUUGAAACUGAACAAAUACUAUAAAAGAAAGGAAGAUGGGACAAAAAGCAAAGAAGAAACUGAAGAAAGAAGAAACAUAAACCAGCAAUUGCAGCACUUACAAUCAUUAAUUCCCUUAAGAUUGAAACCGUAAUGGCAAAACAACAACAACAACAAAAAAAAACGGGAUUGGGGGAGAGGAUCGAUGAUAUUUCACUGAUGCGUGGAAAGAUGCUCCUCCUGAGUAGCCUUUGUUCUAUGAAAUCCACUGGGAAAUAGAUGUUCUGUCUCUGACAAUAUAUUUUAACUGACUUUCUAGAUGCCUUAAUAUUUGCAUGAUAAGCUAGUUUAUUGGUUUAGUAUUCUUGUUGUUUACGCAUGGGAUCACUAUUCCUAGUUAGCUCUCAAAACAAAGGCUAGGAGGCAUCCACAGAACUGCAGGAGAAGGAAGGCCAGAAGCCAUUUUUUUCCCUCAGCAGUCUGAUUUCUAAAAGAUUUUUCAAAGAAAAAGAAACAAAUUCAGCUUUUAGUUGUCAACCCCAAUUUAUUUAACUUAGGUCCUUAACCCAGUCUUUUCUUAGUGUGUUAUCCAGUUUAAAUUUUUCAGGAAGUCGUUUAAAUAAGCAGGCAUUCUAUAAAAUCAAUGCCUUACUUUGGGUAAAAGAAAGUGUUAUCGUCUCAAAUGACAGUUUAAAAAACCUGAGAAAGACACUAAAAUAAUUCCCCAUGCUAAUGAAAACAUUAGAGGCAAGUGCAAUUUAAAACCUGUAUCUAAAGGGGAUAAUUGUUAUAAGUCCUUUACCCCUUGGACUCUAAAUCGAGGGGAUUAAAAGACAAGAUAAGUUUCAAAAGUAUUCGAACAAAUGUAUUUUUCCCUCACUUUUGAAAGGGAGGGGUCAUUAAAAGGCAUUAACUAAAUCAAGACAAAUCAUUUACUUGAGAAAAAGAUAUUAAUUGAAACACAGCACUUAAAGUUGAUUUAGCUUCUGCCUCCUUUGAGGUAUCUUAUUUAUUUAAAGUUACUGGUUGGAUCAAGAACCCAUAAAUAAUGGAAAAGGUUCUCUAGAACCUUCAUGAGAGAGACAGAGAGAGGUAAAUCCAUGUCACAGGGGCAUAGCUUCUGGUUUACAAAUGGGAAUGAUAGAUUGUCAGGUUGUGGGAAGGGGAUCUGAAAUAUAUUUUUUAAAAAUGCACUCUUUAAAAAGCAUAAUGACAGGGUGCUGAAAACUUGCAUGGUGCUCUCAGAAAUUAGCCUUGUUUGACAGAUUUCUCAUAUACACAAUUUUGUGCAUGGGCAUUUUGCCUCUAUGUCUCUAUAAAAGAAUAAUUUAAAACUACUCUAUCCAGUAAUCCUAAUUUGCACGAAGUUAUAAUGUCCACAUAACGUGCCUUGCCUUGAAAUCUAAAAAAGUGACAUCACUACACUUAUUUUGCUGCAUUUAUUAUCAUUUUAAAUCUGUAUCAUUUUUAUGACAAAAUAUUUUGUACUCCAGAUGGGAAAACAACAACAAAAGUGACAUCAUGGAUUUUUUAAGCAGUUAUAACUUUAUCUCACAUUUAUAAAGCAUAUCAUGGCUGUGUAUAGUUGCCGCUUAAAAAUUGUAAUCGACCAGCAAUAUUUUCAGUAUUUUGGUGUUUUUUCUAUUAAUCUUUCAUGUUUUUUCAUCUUCCAAUUAAUAUUGGGGGGAGGGGAUUCAAAUUUAUACGACUUAUGCAAUACCAAGUUUUGCCUAUGUAGGUAGUGCUUUUAGCUGUAUUGGUUAUUAUAGGUAAGUACACAGAUUUAAAAGACAAAAGAUUAAUGUAUGCUUUUUUGUUUGUUUGUUUGUUUUAAUUGACCAAAGUGGGUACUGCUAUUUUUGCAGUGUGAUGAGGUCCUUUUUGUGUACUAAGAGAUGGACGGGAUUUUUUUAAAAACUACAUACAUAUAUCUAUAUAUUCUGGGGUGGGUGGGGAGGAUUUUUAACACUUGACAGUGUAGCUGUGAAGCAGAGCAUUGGCUGGGUGAAGGCUACAAAGCAACUCUUCUUCCUACUGUGAUGUAAAAACAAAAAACCUAAAAAGGUAUUUUCUUUUAAACUUUCCACCUGGGGUGCAAGCUGAAAUCAUUUCUGGUUUGAAAACAGGCAUAAUAAUAAUGAAAAGUAAAUCAGAAUGGAUUUUAUUGCAGGCAGACCUGAUUUGAGAAAGAAAUAUCUACUUAAAAAAAAAUAUCUCAAGACCCACAGAGAUCAAAAGCCCUGUAAAAUUUUGCAAGUUAGACAUCCAUCAUAUGAAAGCCCAGUUUGAGAUUUAAAAAAUCACAUAGCAUAUACUACCAAAACAGUACAUGCUAUGUAACAAAACAUUUUCCAAAGAUGCUAAUUGUAUACUAAAUAUUGAAUUGGAUUCAGUAUUCAUUUUCUAAUUGUAUACUAAAUAUUGAAUUGGAUUCAGUAUUCAUUGGGAAUUCCAUGAUACUGUUGUAUCCUUUGUCCUCUUACAAGAAAUGAGAUUCUGCCUCCCUUUUCUGCAUUCCCCAAUGUCACUGAUUUCCAUUGUAAGAGGUCAGGUGGCAGUGAAGGACUGGAUUAGUCAAUGACUAAUCUGUCAGUGGAUUGUCUUGCUGGAUCAGAUCCAUUCUAUAACCCUUCUCCCAUAUAGAUCUAUGCUUCUAUAUGUCAGUUCAAAUCGCCAAGCACAAAAAUGCACACAUACCAUGUCUUUGUGGACAACCUGGAUAGAUAUUAAAAUUAGUAAUAUAGAAAACUAUCGGAUCUGAUGGCUUAAUUAUAAAGGUUUUCUUCUCUGGAUAAAGGGUGAUUCUAUGGGAUCACAGCCCCCUUGCACAAAACUAGCACUAUUAAAUUGUUUAUUUCCACACUGUGUUUCUAGUACUGACAAGAACACAAGAGUAGUCAGUCUUAUUUUUAUGUUUUUGCAAAGACUAGCUCUUUUCUAAAUAACUAGUUGUAAAGUUUAGAUUAGGUAAAAAUGAAAAUGAUGUCUUACAAUCUUUUUUUUUUAAAUAACACUUUAUGGAGACAUGGUAUAUUUGUCUGGAUUCUAAUUGAGAGAAUGCACAGCAGUGAAAGAAAACCAACCAGCCAACAUAAUCCCAUGCUGUCUCCAGAAUAGAAAUGAAUGUAAGUGUAUGUCCAAUGUUAGUAUUCCUAAGUGGCAUGGAUGUAGGUAUUUUGUCCUUGGAGUCUGUACUGAAAAUACAAACUAAAACCCAAGGAAGUGCUCAGUCUCUUUGUAAACUAACAGACAAUUUUUAUUUGCCUUUAGUUUCAGCAAACAUAAAUUGAUAGGCAAUUCAUACACCUUUAUAAAUUCAGGUGAACUUUCACUUUUUUUUUCAGAGCAGUAUUUCAGAACACUUCUCCCAACUAGAAAUAAGCAGUGCUUAGGGUUGCCCCAUAAAAUAAUAAAAAUAAUCCCGAUCUUCUGUUUUGACCAUGGCCUUUUGUGCUAGGUGCAAUAUGUCAAUCAAUUUCCACCUGCAUUGCCACUGAAUUAGUUGAUAUUUUAUUAGGUGCAGCCUUCUUUAAAAUGGUGCUGAAAAUUAUUGAUGCUGAAAGAGAAUCAAAUUCCCUUUCAGGUUCGACCCACACCAAUAAAUGCCUUUUUGAGAAAGUUGCUUCUGUAAAGUCUGAGGGCAGUUGUAAAGCUCUAGGAUUGUUGGUAAGGUUUGUAUUUAGCUAAAGUAAGAAUGAAACCAACUAUAUGUUAGCUCUUUUUCUGAGCCCCUUUGUAAGUGAAUUAAUUCACUAAAUAUAUGACCGUUAGGAAGAACUGAAAUGUACAAACACUGAAAGUUGGUGGCCCACAAAAUGAUGCACUGUUCUUUCAGUUUAUCCUUUAAUGAAGGACAAUUUCAUUAAAAAUGGCUGGAGUGCAGCAGCCACUUAAUCCAGAAAUAAUUUAUUUUAUUUGGAAUACUGAAAUCAAGAUGAAUUCAGACUUUAAAGUGCAAUAGUAUAAUGGACAAGCGGAAUUUGAUAGAGAAUAGUUGCAACUCAAUUUCAUAAUAAUCUUGACCUAAUGAAUACAUCAAUCAAAUGGAUGGGGUUUUUUUUCAUAAAAGGAAAAUAUUUAUAAAAAGGCUAUCUUGCUAUUUUGGAUCCACUUUCUUGACAUUGAAUUACUUGAUCAUUUGGGCCAUAAUUCUGACAAAAUUUUCAGGUUAAUGCUCUCUGUGGGUUUUUCUGCCUCUCUUUAUAAUCAAAAGAUCUAUUGUUAUCCACAUCUACACUUCUCUCAGAGCUGAGAAUUCCAGUGCAGAACGAAGUGUUACAAACUCUAAAUCUAAUCUAACCCCCUCCUUGAUCAGGAAGUAUAUUCUGACAAAAUCAAGUCACCCCGUUCUAUGUGCACUGUUCUGCCUUUUUUCAAUUGCUUUGCAGCCUUUACCCUUUGGCAGUGUCACUGAAGUGUAUUUUCCCCUAGAAUGACAUGAACAGUUGAGGCUUGACUAAGGAAAAAAAGGCAGUGAAGGAGACUGUACAUAGACAUGGCAAAAUAUUAAAUAUAGCAAUAUAGUUGUGUGUUCAGGUGGGCAGCUCCAUUUAUAAUAUGUGAAUGAACCUGUGAAGCUGCAAUGAAGAGAAGAACAGAGGAUCUUCUUAAUGAACCCACCUAGCGUGUAGACAGUAAUUUGUACACUGUAUAGUUUUGUUAAGAUUUUUUUUUAAAGCACCCUCGUUUGUAAAGCUAAUUUUUAGCAAUUAUAAUGGAAAUGGAUGUCAUUUCCACUUCUAACGUAAACAAGAAUCUUCCUUGUUUGGAAACUGGACUUGGGUUAAAACUCUCCAGUUUCUUAAUUUAUGUAUUAAAACAAACAAAAAAAUAUUCUGUCCAUGUUAACGAGAUAUUUCACUAUGCUUGAAAAGCAUAGGUUACUGAUCCUUUUAAAAGAAAUUGUAAAUGGAGAAAAGUUAUAUUUUAUGAAGGUUAUUUUGUUGUAUUUAGUAUUGGAAAGUUGGGUUUUGGAGCAUUUCAGAAUGUUGGAAGCACCACUGUCUUUUUUUAUUAGUAUAUAUGGCCUUUAGCAAAAAUGUUGUGAUUGUUACAUGAUGGUAUUUAAGAGCAGGUUCACAGAGCAUCCAGGAGAGAAUUUCAGUGAAAGAAAAAUGAAAACAGUACUUACGUCUCAUCUAGCAGUGUCCUCAGGGAGCAAAAAUUUGGAUUUGCAAUUAGGAGCUUCGUAAGGACUUACUGAAUGAGAUUGCACAAGGAUAUACUGAGCUCUGUCAACAGUGUGUGUCCUGUAUCUAAGUCAUUCUAAAUUUUGUAUACUGUGUGAGAUUGUGAAGACUGCAUCCCACAUUUGAUGUACAGUAUUCACCCUUGACAAAAAAAAAAAAAAAAAAUCUUUACACACGUGCUGGCAGUAAUGCCUCCAGCAUGACAUUGAUUCUAGUUUACAUGUUCCUGCCAAGGUCUUUUGUUAACAUUUGCCAGCUGCAUGCUUCCUAGGCUUUUAUUUUUUUAUUGGGUUUCUAUAAAAGAUGCUAAACGAAAAACAAUGCAGGCAAAUAAUGUUGAACAGAGAAAGCUCAAAAUUGAAUGUCCUACUCCAUGGGGAAGGAGCUGAAACCUGCCUCCUUCAUAUUUGCACUUUCUGAAAGUUCCCCUGUUUUUUUUCUAUCUCCUCAAAACGUCUCGUGGGUGUGUUGGAGCCCCACAGUCAGAGGAUAACACGGACCACUGGGUUUGCCCUUUGACCCAGCACAAUGACCCUUGCAUCAGCCAAACCUAUUGCCAUGACAACUCUUGUACUGUUUCCAUGCCACAGCUCUAUUGGUCACAUUUGUUAAUAGCAAAGGGGACAAAGCAGGAGACGGUCAAUUUAUACAUUUUUGUUGCAAUUUUUUUUCCUCAAUGGUUGUAAGUAGUUUUUUUAUAUAUAUAAUAAAAGGGUUCACUAGUUAUUACUCCUUAGGAUUAUCUGUGUGUUGCAAUUAAAAUGUAUGUUGACUUUGUGAAAGGAGCUUCAGUGGCACUCGCCACCCUCCACGCUCAUUCAGGCCUCCGUUGCAUUUAGUGCUCAAAAUCUUUCCAGGAAGACCCAGAACAAACGCAGCAAGCAAAAAGCGACGGAUGGCAGCGAGAGCCAGUGCCACUGAAUCCAGUCUUUGUAUUACUGUAUUUUUGACAGAAUGGUUUUGAAAACUGUGCUACAGGGACUGAUGUGGCAAAAUAUGUAUCUAUAUGCAGAAGGACUUUUUUAAAAAUAAAAAAAGAAGUAUGGCUUAUUAUGCAUUCUUCAUAGAGGGCAUUGAAGUUGCAUGGACUCAUGAAAAGUUGAUGCAAAAUGAGAGAGAGAGAGAGACAAAAAAAACCAGCAAAAAAAAAUGUUUACCAAAAAGAAAAAAAAGUGAGAGAAAUUUUUAAAAAAAUGACCAGUGCCUGUUCAGUUUCACAGUCUCUGUUGAGUUCAGUUGUAAAUAUGUUUCAGAUAACAUCUACUUCAAAAAAAAAAUUAAAAAUAGAAAAUUACACCAUUGUAGAAUGUGAGGGGUGACAUUUUCCCAGGCUUAGACUUCUCAAGAACUACAUUAGAUUGUCUUCAUCAAGCUGUUAAUUUGUGCUUAUAUCAUAUAGGACUUUAGUGAACUGGGAAGAAGCACCCCAAUCUCAACGAUAAUUCUCUAAGAACAAUUUUUGUAGGGCUGUGUGUUUCUUUAGAUACAUUUAGUGCAACUGUAGGUGACAAGUAGUCAGUUAUUGCUUGCUAGCUACACACCAGGGUUGAUCCAUUUUAAAACUUCUGGCAUGGUCUAUCCUUCUCCACUUCUCCCCAGAGCCAGAGGUCCCCAAUACGUUAGAUGUACUUCCGUUGGCUUUGUUUUUAAACGCAUGCAGAAUUUUGGUGUAAUGAUAAAUUUACCCAUAGGAUGCAUAUAUACUCUGCAGUUUUCACUUUUACAAAAUUGGGACCUCCGGUCAUCAGACUCUUUUUGGGCCCAGAAGGCUUGCAAGAAGAGGUUCUGGGGAGAAGAACUCUGCUUAUUUGCAGGACAGACAUGUUCUUUGGAGUACUUUUCAUUAGGUUACAAAGCUCAGCUGCCACAAGUUUUAAACUGGUGUAAAUCAAGCUUGAGUUAAUGUGAUUUACUGUUAUAUCCAGCCUAUACUGCUAGCAGCUGCUCAUACUGCAGUCAAUUACUGGAAGCAGAUAUAUUUCCUAUGCAAAACUGUUUAAACAAUAAAAUGAGCUAUGCUACA